AUGGAAGAAAGCAGAUCAAGAAUCGACAUAGAUGCUCUGAUACAGAAAUAUAAAUUAGAGCCAAGUCCUUAUUCCUCAGCAGAAUUUAAACCAACGUCAGUCGAAGAGUCUGAUAGCAAAGAAUAUGAAGAAAUAAAAAAAGGAAGACAAUUAAGCUUUAAUGAAUCAUCUUCCAAGAAGCCUGAAAAUUUUCAGCAAUCUGAGUCUGCAAAUGAUACAAUAAAAUCAAAAGCCAUCACAAAUGCUAUGAAAGCUCUCCAAGAAAAAGUCAAUAAACUUGAAAGUGAAAAAGACGGCCUUCAAGCAGAAAUCGAGUACACUAAAAUGAAACAUUUAAGUGAAAUUAAUGAAUUAGAAGAAAAAUAUAAGAAUAAAGCUGCCAAUCUUUCAGAAGACUCUGAAGGACUUAGCAUCCAAAAGCUUGAAGAGCAGGUAGAGUUCUUACACUCCCAGUGCGAAUUUGCGGAAGCAGAAAAUAAAAGGUUAAGUGAGCAGUAUACAAUUGACAAAGAAAAUUGGGCCCUACAAUUUGAGCACUUAAAAAGACAAAUUAACUCCAAGCCUCCUAUCCCAUCAAAUAAUAAUUUGGUUGAAAUGCUUAAGCAAGAACAAACUGAGCAUAAGAAAACCUUAGAGCAAUUGGAACAAAGAGAAAAUGAAUUUGAAGAAGUCAGUAAAGAGCUGGAGUUCUAUAAGAAAAAGUGUGAAACUCAAAAGGAUGAGUAUCAAAAAAACUUUAAAUAUAUUGAAGGAGAACUAAUUCCUUCUUCCUGCUUAAGUACGAGCAAACCAUUGGAAAACCUAUUUUUGGAAAUCAAUUUCACUUUAAGAGCGAACAAACAAUUUUUAUAUUUAAUUAAUAAAUUUAUAACUAAAUUUCUUUUAAUUCAAUUAAAUUAAUAGAAGGCUUAUAUUUUUUAACUUACUCCCCCUCCCUCCGUGAGUGAGCAAAAAAAUUUUGUUCACUCAUGGAGGGGGGUUAAUUUUAUUUUUUUUUUUUAAAACAAUUUAUAUAUAAAUUUUAUAAAAAAUAUUGUUUUUCGAAAUUUAAAAAAAUCUAAUUCGCAAAAAUUGGAAAGUAAAUAUUAAAUUUAAUUUAUAAAAUUUAUGUUUUAAAAAGCAAUUCGUUUAAAAUUAAACAGAAUUAGCUCUAGAUUUCAUUAUACUAAUCAUCAUUUAUAUAUCAAUUUUUUUUUCCAUAAAAAAUUUUUCUAUUAAAAAAAAUUUGGUUCACUCACGGAUGGUGGGUUUUUGGGCAAAAAAUAGCGAUUUUUUUUUUAAUGGUUUUGUUCACUCACGGAGGGGGGGGAGUUAGAUUUAUUUUUUUAUAUAUUUGUAAAUCAGGAUUUUAAAAUCGUAAAAGUUUAAUUUUGUAAUAAUUUUUUUAAAAUAAUAAUAAGCCCUCUUUAAGAGAAAGCAAAAUACCUUGGUCACUAUUAAAAGGUCAGAGUAAGAAGAAUUAAGCUUGAGCAAGAAGCAAGGAUAGUCGAUCUUGAAAAUGAAAAUAAGAAGUACAAAGAAUUAUAUGAAAAAUUGUUAUUGGAAAACCAAAAAAGGGAUUAUAAAAAGCCAGCACAUCCAUAUAAUGAGCCGAAAACAACAACGCCAAGGCAAUCUUUAGAUAUAAAAGCAAAACAAGCUGCAGAAAUUAAAGCAAAAUCUAAGCAAACCUCUGAUGUAAAGUCCACCCCGAAGCAAGUAGUUAAAAAGCCAAGCAUUUCCACAAAUGAUAAAGCCCCUAUCCAAGUUCAAGUCAGAAAUAAAAGAGAAAACAGCCUAAAUUCUUCAAACUCCAAGCCACUUACAAGAUCAAGCUCAGUUACAAAACAAAUGCCUUCUAAGCAGGCUUCAUCAACCGCAACUCCAGGGACUCCAACCCAUAAAUUCCUUCGAAGAAAUGAUUCUUUAAAGGACUCAAUUCAUACAGACCGAAGCUCAAGCGGAACUCCCAAAAAUCACUACAAAACUCCUUCAUAUCUAAAGAAAAACAAAGAAAAUGAAGCAAGUUUAGAAACGCAAAUUCAAGACCAAGAAAAAGACGUUUCAAGCCUAAAUGCAAGAUAUAAGCUAUUAUUGCAUUUAUCUCAAGACGGAAAUCAAGAUCUCAGUACAAUUAGAAAUGAGCUUGUCUCAAUCUCUCAAUCAAUUGACGACAAGACAAAAAUCAUUUUUUCUCUGAAACAAAGACAGCAGGAAAUAAUAAAAAAUAAAAUGCUAAAUGUUUCAUCAUAA